GAGCUGCAGGUGUGAAAUGGCUGCGAAGGUGUUUGAGAGCAUCGGGAAGCUCGGCCUGGGCUUGGCUGUUGCAGGAGGAGUCGUGAAUUCUGCUCUGUACAACGUGGAUGCAGGACACAGGGCCGUGAUCUUCGACCGGUUCCGAGGGGUGCAGGACGUGGUGGUGGGGGAAGGGACGCACUUCCUGAUCCCCUGGGUGCAGAAGCCCAUCAUCUUCGACUGCCGCUCGCGCCCCCGCAACAUCCCCGUCAUCACCGGCAGCAAAGACCUGCAGAACGUGAACAUCACGCUGCGCAUCCUGUUCCGCCCCGUGACGGCGCAGCUGCCCCGCAUCUUCACCAGCAUCGGCGAGGACUACGACGAGCGUGUCCUGCCCUCCAUCACCACCGAGAUCCUCAAGUCUGUCGUGGCUCGCUUUGACGCUGGGGAGCUGAUCACCCAGAGGGAGCUGGUCUCCAGGCAGGUGAGCGAGGACCUCACUGAGAGAGCAGCGACCUUUGGGCUCAUCCUGGACGACGUGUCCCUGACCCACCUGACCUUUGGCAAGGAGUUCACAGAGGCGGUAGAAAUGAAGCAAGUGGCCCAGCAGGAAGCAGAGAGAGCCAGAUUCAUUGUGGAAAAGGCCGAGCAGCAGAAGAAGGCAGCGGUGAUCUCUGCUGAGGGAGACUCCAAGGCAGCAGAGCUGAUUGCCAACUCCCUGGCCACAGCCGGGGACGGGCUGAUCGAGCUGCGCAAGCUGGAGGCGGCCGAGGACAUCGCGUACCAGCUCUCGCGGUCCCGCAACAUCACCUACCUGCCCUCCGGACAGUCCGUGCUCCUGCAGCUGCCUCAGUGAGCCUGGCAGCCUCUGCCCUGCCCUCUCCACAACAAAAUCAUCGCGGUUUCCUCGUUGGUAAAAGCAGAGGAAACGGAAAUCACCCCGUUUUUUCAAUUCGUAAUCCAAUAAAAGCGAGCGCGCGUUGACACCAGAGCUGCGUUUCCUCCCACGUGCGGGCAGAGCUGUGGCUGCACCGACCGCUCGAGGCUUGAGAAUUGCCCCUUUCCAGGCAGUUUGAGCUCCAGGAGCAGCAUUUCCCAUCUGCUCCCUCCUGGGAGGAACAGGUAGCCCGGGUGACUCCCCGACUGUGCUGUACCAAUCAGGGCUCGCAGCUGCCUCAGUGCCUUCAGGCCUGGACUACGGGACAGGGACGCUCAGGGCUCGCCCUCCAUCCAGCCAGUCCUGUUCCAGGGGUCACCUGAGAGCAAAAGGACACCUCAGCUUAGGGCAGUGGCUCUGCUGUGCCUGUGGGAACCACAGCACUGGAGGCACAGCUGAGUGCUGGGGUGAGCAGGGCACAGAUCCGCUCUGUGCAGCACAUGGAUUUCAGGCACGGGGCAGAAGGUGGCUCCUCUGCAGGAAAUCCUGCUGGAAACGGGACAUCUCUCCCUCCUGUUGCUGCACCCUGAUGUGUUCCUCCUGCCCCGGGGGGCUCCUCUCCAGGGUCAGCAUACAGGGGGGGUGACGUGGUGCUCCGUGGCUCAGGCAGUCGGGGAUGGGCAGAAUUCUCUGUUCCAUCAAUGCUCUUUUUUAUUUAGGGAGGCUGAACUGUGAGGAGGAUGUGAUGGGGGAGAUUGUAUAACCAGCCUUCAAUAAAUGUCACAGGCCCAAGG